AUGGCCGAAUCUUUAACGCACGUCGCUUUCUUUGGCGUCACCGGGGGCGCAGUUUUCAACUGCCUAAAGCAAGCCCUUCUAGAUGAAAGCAUCCAUUGCUACGUCCUUGUUCGAGACACAGACAAGUUGAAGAAUUUGCUUCGCAAUUCAAUGGGAGACCCUCCGUACGCUUUCUCGCACCGGCUUUUAGUCGUUAAGGGCGACAUCGUGGACAUAGACGUUGUAGUCAGUACUUUGUUUCCAGCGCGACGGACCUGGGACCCCGUUGAUGUCAUUGUCUAUGGUGUCAGCGGAUUCAAACUUGACAUCAACACUGAAGGAAACUCCAUAACUGAUGCCGAGAUCUGUACGUAUGGUGUCGAUAUUAUCGAGGAAGCCACGCUCAAAGGAUAUGAAUCAUACCACUACGGUAUUCCUUAUCACUACCCUCGCUUUGUCGCCAUCGGAACACUUGGGAUUGGGGCAGCAUUUAGGAACACCUCCAGCGCACAAAUUGAAGCGCUCAAGCCAAGUUACGACUGGUUCAUCGAAUCGGGGGCAUAUGAAGACAAGAUCUUGAUGGAGGAAAUUAUAUCUCAUAGAGACUUCCAGGGCCUAUUCAGAAACACUCUGAUCGUGCGUCCUGGGUUUCUCACCAACAACGCACCAUUUGGGCUCAACUCAAUUCGCGUUGGUACUCGGAAUAUACCCCCUCUAGGAUAUACAAUCAGCAGAGAUAACCUCGGUUGUUGGCUGUACCAACAUGGGAUUUUAGGUAACAUGACGGGAGUGAUUCUUGUCACAGGUCCAUGA